AUGGCAACUGCCAUGGCAACUGCCAUGGGCUCGCAUGCCGGCUCAGAUCCCUUCGAUCUGGACAAUCGUAUCCCCCUAACUUUCGCCGACCGGGCCCGUGCUGCCCAGCUCCGGAACAGUUCUCCGGUUGUGGACCGGCCGAUCGGUGUCUCGCCGGCGCCCCGGCGACCGGCCCGGACGCCAUCUUCACCCUUACUCCGACUCUCCAACUCUGCUGCUACGGAAGGGGCACAGCCCGCAUACGCGUCGUACAGGCCUUCGUUGGAACCCAUUCUGGAGCCCGUCUCCAUCGUCGAAGGCGCCAACAGGGUCGCACAAGAGCAAACGGAUGCCUAUAACGCCAAAUUAGCAGUCUUCCAUGCAUUCUGCGAAUCAUUUGACCAGGCCGCGAAGCAAUUCACGUCUGGAAUUGAGCAUACCUUCGCGAACCAAUUCGCCACCAGCUUCCUCGACUUCUGGCGCCAGUCUCUCUCGAUACUGCCACCCGUGACCGCGCCGACGUACAGCAGCGUCGCCGCCGGUCGCAGCCCUCUCCAGCGCCCUGCUGACCGCGCCGCCACCCCCUCCGUAGAGGCCCCGCCCUCUGCACCACAACAAACAGCCGACACACGUCUCCAGGGACGACCAAUCCCCGCCCCACCGAAAGAGGACCUCCGGGUCUUCGUACGACUCGACGCCGAAGCACCGGCGAGGAACUUCGAGUCGUAUGCGAUCCGGACCCACAUCGCCGCGAAAGUCGGCAUCGACCUCCACCAAAUCCCGGCAGCUUUCCCCGUGAAUUCGGGUUGGGCUCUCCGCGCUACGGAUACCGCUACAAGAGACCUCAUCGUCCAGCGCCAGUCGGAAUGGGCACAGGAUCUCGGCGCCAACACCGUCGAAACCAGCCGCAAAUGGUACACCUACGUCGUCGCCAACUGCCCGCGGAGGCUAACUGAUCUCCAAGGCAAUGAAGCCGACUAUGAAGAAGCCGUCAAAGGCGAAAUUGCCUGCCAAUCCGGCCAGACAGCGCCUGAGAGCGUCCACUCUGCCCUCAGCCCGGCCGCGACCAUGUCCCCGCCAGGCAGCAGCGUAGUGACGGACUACCAGCCCGAAAGCGACGAUGAGACGCCUAGAUCUCCGCUCAAGAGAAAGCGCGUCACACGGCGCCAUAGAGACAAGACCAGAAAGAAGACCAUUCGCGUUUUCCAGGCCAAUGUUGGCAAGAUUCCGCCGGCGCAUGACUGUGCCCUCGCCCUGGCCGACGCCGAGCAGUACGACGUCGUCCUACUGCAGGAGCCGUGGACAGAAACCAAAGAAGGCCGCUGUCUCACCAAAACGCAUCCCGCAUACGACACAUUCUCUCCGGUCGACAGCUGGGUCAACAACAGCACCCGCCCGAGAGUCAUGACGUAUGUCCGGCGUCGCCCCGGCCUAACGGCCGGGCGGCCCGUGUCAACCCGUGACAUUCUCUGGCUCACCAUCAACAAUAUGACGGUAGUCAACUGCUACCGGCAGCCUGACUUCGACGAGGCUCUGGAUAUACUUCUAGCCUGGAACCCGCCGAGCCGGUGCCUGGUAGCUGGGGACUUCAACUCUAAACACUACAGCUGGCAGACCGGUCGUCUCGACGGCCGAGUGUUCUAA